GGUAACCGUGGUGACCUUGGUUGGUUGAUCAUCAUGGCGGCGAUCGUCAGGUUGAGUUCUGUGUGUCGCAGAGGAGUCAAACCUCUGUUCUACCAAAGCACUUUGUUGGCCAGGCCGCUGGUUGUACCACACAAAUACCAGGAGCAGCCCUACCAGCUGACAGCGAGGAUCCACGCGUCGCAGGCUCUUUACGCCGGUUCUGGCUCCAAAGCCGCCUCUCUGCACUGGACAGCAGAGCGAGUGCUGAGCAUCCUGCUCCUGGCCAUGGGACCCGUGGCCUAUUUUAACCCCGGCCCUGUCAUCGAUUACUCCCUGGCCGCUGCCCUGACCCUGCAUGGACACUGGUAAGACAGGAAAACACUAAUACCUCAU